AUGUCUUUACGUCAGUAUACGGCCUUAGAGCAAGGUCCUGUAACGAAUGUAAUCCACUGGCUACAGAACAGGAAUCUUCCCGCCAAUCCACUUCGCUGCGCACAGUGUAAUGACGCAAUGGAAGUAAAAGAAAGAAACGAUGGCCACGUGGACGGUUUUCACCGGUGAGCCAACAAAACUUCACUUAAAAUACACUAUUUAGAACAGAACGGAUUGAAGAAGUAACUUUAUUAGCAGAAGCAACAUCGGAAUAG